AAUUCCUGUGUUGUCUUUCUAGUCUAGAAUACUAAAUUUGGGGCGGGGUAUUUUUUUCACUCGGUUUCCCUUUGGUACGUCUUUAUGGCGGUCUAAUCCUUGAACGCGUUUUGAAUUGAUUUCUCCUCUCAUUUUGUUUUUCCUUCCCCACAACUACAUCAGUUUGUAUUUUUCUUCUUCUUCCUUCGUUAUUAUCAUCUUCAGCAACUAUCUUGUUCAUUAACUAAAAGAUCAUGGCUCAAUCUCAAGGUCCAUACCCUCCUCAAUCAUACCCACCAGCCCCUGCUGUAGAAGGAUACCCACCACCUGGUGCUUUUGUUGCACCACCACCUGCCGGAUAUCCAGGUGCUGAGUAUGCCGGUCAACAACAAUCCCAAGCUCCCGGAGCUACCACUGACAGAGGUGAUGGGUUCUUGAAAGGAUGUUGUGCUGCUAUUUGCUGUUGUUGCGUCUUGGAUGCUUGCUUUUAAUCAGAUUCUUCCCUAUCACAGACAUGAUCACGCUUGGCACCUACAGCGAUUUCUGUUGAUUUAGACGCCUGGAUACUGGUUUUUCUUUCUUUUUAAGCACACUUUAUUCUUAUGCUGGGAAUGGGAUAUAUUUUCUUUUUCCAAUGUAAUUAGCACAGAUUGUUUUUAUGAUAUGAGAUUAGUUGAUUUCUAUUUA